UGUCCACGAGGGUUCGUUGGUCGGUUCGUGUUUCUCCUUUCGUGUCGCCGUGAUAAAAAUUGAUAAAAUGCCCAGAUUCGACGAUCGCUUGUGCUUGUUCACGUGAUUGUGCGGGCUUGUGGUGAUGCGCGGUAACUUGCGGCGCUAGCGAACGCUGGUUCCUCGCGCCGAGCACAGCAGAAGUCGACGUUUGUUGUGGGGUCCCGUGUCCCCUGCCGUAGUGAAAAAGUGGGAGUGAUAUUUGCAUUGUGGCAGGCCUUGACAGUGUGCCCUAAAUAAGGAGGAGCACCGCCAUGCCACUGCUGUACUGUGUGGUGGCACGAGGCAGCACGGUGCUGUCUCGGUAUGCCAGCUGCGCAGGCAAUUUCUCCGAGGUCACUGAACAGAUCCUGGGCAAGAUCUCGCCAGAAGUUCCCAAGCUUACCUACUCCCAUGGAAGCUACUUGUUCCACUACAUCCUUGAAGAUGGCAUUACCUAUCUCUGCAUUACUGACGAUGAAUUCGAAAGGGUAACAGCAUUCCAGUUCCUGGUGGACAUUCAGGGCAGGUUCCAAGCCAGUUAUGGCCGUCAAGCUCAUUCAGCGCUUGCCUAUGCAAUGAACAGUGAAUUUUCGCGGGUACUGGCAAAUCAAAUGAAACACUACUCUGGCAUUGGAAAGGAUGGCGACAACAUAACCAAAGUUCAAGAAGAAAUCGACGAACUCAAGGGCAUCAUGGUGAAGAACAUCGAUACGGUAACGUCAAGAGGCGAAAGGCUGGAACUGCUGGUCAACAAAACUGAAGCCUUAUCAAGCACGUCUGUGACGUUCCGCAAGAGCAGUCGCAACCUCGCCCGGUCCAUGAUGAUCAAGAACAUCAAGAUAGCCAUCAUUAUUGCGGUCAUAGUUUUGGUGGUAAUCUACAUCAUCGUCUCGUCGGCAUGCGGUGGGCUGAGCUGGCCGAGCUGCGUCUGAGGGUCGUCGCCAUCACUGCUACCGCCACACGUGGCUUCGCCCUGCGCGUGUUUAGCUUCGUUUACCCUACACGCGUACACCUCAACACACGUUUUCGUCUAUCAUUGGUUACAAACUUUGCGUGCAUGUAGUGUUGGGCUAACUUCGUCACCCGCCAUCGCAGUGUCGAAUGUGCGAAUGGCGAGGGUUGUUUUCAACGUCCCGGCUUCUGGCAAGCUGGUGAAUAGUGAUUGUACAGAGCGUUUUUGUUUUCCUGCAAUUACAUUGUAUGAUAUUUUGCCACAUCUUUAAAUUCUUAUUAUAUAUAUAUAUACAGUAUGUGUCUAUGAAUACACACAACCCAACUGAAGAUGCACAGUGGUUUACCUUAGGAUAAUGGAAUUUACGUGCAGCUCAGUUUGUCGUCGAGCUCGCGUCUCAAUGCCUGCGCACUUUUUUCUGCGACUGCACGGAAGAAAUGAUUGUGUAAUUUUAAGAACUCGUGCAACUGUGUAUUGUACUCAAUGUUACUCGGUACAAUGUUUUCUGAGCUUGUGUCUGUAGUGUAGAAUUCAGUGCAACCUCAGUCGCAUUUCUUUUUUUUACAUUUAUACUAGGUACUAAUUUCGGAUGCCGAUUGCCGGAAAAAGCGAAUUGAUCUGCCUGCAUAAACAGAGUGCUUGAAUGAAGUGCCAGAAAUGAAAUUGUUAUGCAUUGCCUGCAGUGUUGUAUAUAGCCAAAUGGGAACAGUGAGUUUUUCUCUGUACUGUGUAUUCGCAAUACUUGAAGGGAGUAAUAAAUAUUAGCACUUAAUCAGA